AGGCGGCCUCUCCACCGCGUAAAAAGACUUCACCAAUCUGUCUGGACUAGAAAGCAGACUGCCAGCCCAUCCUCAAGUUUCACUACACGUUCCGACAUCACACACACACACACACACAAUGAGCUCUGUCUUUGAACUGAAAACACUUCAUUUAAUGCAGCGGAUCUGAGCAGCCACAGAUUUUUGCUCCAUAUGAGGAAGAAAAUCUUGAAAGCACCUUGUCUCCUCUUGAGUCUGUUCACAAGUUUGAAUCUCUGCUCCGGAAAAUUUGGGACGCCGAUAACUGAUGAUGUGAGCAAGCUGUCGUUAUUGAAGCAGAAUAUCCCGUCUGAUUAUGAGAUUCCUGUUAGUUACAUUCCCAAAGAAGUGGCUGGCACGUGCUGGGUGGUGUUAAAUAUCUAUCCUUUGGAGCAAAGUCUUCGAAAGCUGGCCAACAUGUUUGGUGCCAUCUCCUCCAACCAAGAAAACAUCAUUGUCUUCAUUGCGAUGCUGAAGAGUUUACGCUUCACCUUUGACCAUGAGGAACUGGAAACAGCGAUGCAAUUGUUCCAGUGUCACUAUCAGGACGGGAGCUUAAUGUCUGGUCUUUACUUUGAUUACAUCAAAGACGUCUUACAUGCCGCCUCUCAGGGAACAUCUGGCUUGUCAUGCAAGCCACCACCGUGCCUUAAUCCACAUCAAACACCAGGGGGUCAGAAGGAGAGCCGUGACAGAUGGACCAAAAGAACCCCCUUGCUUCUGGCUCUCAUCCCCUUCACAGCUUGUGUUGUUGUCGCCGUGUGGCUGGUCAAGUCUGGGAGGCUUUUACCAGUGUGCAACGCUGAAAAUAGCCAAACGGCACCUUCUGACAUGGUCCCAACUGUGUCCAUCUCUAUCCCACUUCAAACACUCACCCACGCUGCUGACACUCAGCCAGUGGGGGAGUUUAUUCCUGAACAUGAGAGCGGAUGAAGCAUAAUUAAUAGGAAAGGGAAAUCUGGAUACAACAACUCCCACUCCAGGUUGUUCUGUUAGUGGCAGGAGAAGGCUGGAUAAACGAGUGUCGGUCAGACACUCUUUCUCUGCUUCACUCAUCUGAGUGCAUGGACCCGAGCUACGAGAGAAAACUCACCUGCUGUGAAGGCAGGUGUGUCACAAAAUUCCCCAGGCACUUCUAGCACUUAACCAUCCAAAGAGGUUUUUUGGGAUCAGAGGAAGGACUUACUACAAAGUGGCUGGUUAUGUGCCAAAAUGGCUGGUUAUGUGCCAAAAUAGCUGGUUAACUACAUAACUGGUCUUGUCUUGGCCAGUGUUUAAAAGCAUUUGGCUAGCCUUCCCUGAUGUUGAGUUUUUUUCAUUUCUGCUUGUGUGGACUGUUGCCAUGCUCACCAGUUUUGCGAUGUGUUAAAAUGCAUCACUGGAGCCUUGAAUAAAAAUUAUAAGACAUAAUUUCAUUCUGAGAUGGGAGUCCUGUCAGUAAUUUGUUGUCUGUGUCCUGGUGGUCACAAAGACAGUCCUGUCCUUGCUGUGUAGUCAACAGCCAUUCCAAAUCCCAACCUGCUCCUGUAUUCUGACUUCUACUAAAAUGCAUUAGGGGUGCAUGCAAAGAAGUAUUAAUACUGCUUUUUGUGAAUGCAUCAAUAGUAACGUGCAUUUGAGCUCAUGCAGCUUGUCUUGUACUUGUUGUUGACAUUAUUCUGAUCUGUCACAAAUUGCAAAUCCGCUUGUCACAAACAACCCGCCAGGCACUUCAACAAGCGUACUACUUUGUGUAUCAAAGAUCUGACCAGAUGGCAGAUAGCCAUCGCCAGAGGCAAUUUGAAUCCCAUCAUUGUAUUUCAAAGCUGUUGCCCAGUGAUGUAUAGCUGUUGCUCGGCCACAGUGAGUGUGUUUUUAAUGCCUUAUUCACUGAGUCAAUCAUGUGCAGUCAUGAGAACAUGACUCCCCGAGUGUGAGCGCUCUUGUGCUGUAUGUGUCAGAGAGUUGGAGUGAGUGGCAAGGCAGACAGGACGAGUGAACGUGAGGGUGAUAGGGAUAGAUAGAUGGAUGGACGGAUGAGCUCAGUGAGAAGCAUAAGGAGGGCUUGUUCUCGCCACAAAAGAACUGGCCGUAGGCUGGAGGAAAUGCCAGUUACAAACACGACUGAUGUCGGCAGAUCCCUAUGAAUCAACAGGCUAGGAAUCUUUCCAGACCGCAAGCUGUGUAGUCUAAUCUGCAGGGAUGGUAGGAUGGUUACUAUUUCAAUAACUGUUUUCUGUAUUUGAAGGAUUUACUUCCAAAACACAUCAAUGAAAUAUGGGAAUAUACAUCUUUACUAAAAAUGUUUUGAUGUUGUAGGCAAGGUCUACAACUUUCUGUAACCCUCCUCAACAACUGUGCUGUCUUUCUGGUGACCAAUUUUUCAUUUUUGUAAUUUUGUGAAAAUCUCUGUUUGUAUUGUAUGGAAGAUAUUUUGUUAUAAUUUUUUUGUUAUUGUAGUAAGUUAUUUUGUUACAAGAUAAACUACUUACUAAAUUGAAUGAACUUUUGUAAUGUUGCAAAGAAACAUUUAAGUCAUGAAUGUCCAGGGGGUAGACAAAAUGUUGUGAACAUUCCGAGAAAACUAAUUAUAACCUUAAAGUAACCGAAUCAUAAGUGCAAAGUGUGCUAUAGCUGUGGGCCAUGAAGUCAGUGGUCAGUUUCUUUUUAUGAAAUGUUUUUGUCUGUUUAUUCAAUGCAAAAUCAUGUUGUCAUAAUGUCCUGAUCUAGUUGUCAUCUAUGUAAAUAUCUAUUCAUUAUUUGUUCAUCUUAUUAAUGUUGUCAGCAAAACGCCCAUCUGAAUGUUUCUUUGAAGUUCUUUUAAUAAAAAAUUAUAGAAUGCACACUACGUCCAAAGUUUACUUAACACGGACAACAUGGG